GAGGUCUACCUUUGAGCAUGAACAAUUAUUCACUUCUGCUUAAUUCUUGCCAAAUUCCGAAAGUCGGAAAGGACGAAGUGAGAAAAUACGAGAACAGCAAACAUAUAGUAGUGAUGCGUAACGGUCACAUUUAUACGGCGGAUGUCAUUGAUAAAGAUGGUCGCUUAGCAUCCACCCGUCAGAUACACCAACAGCUAAAGAAUAUAGUCGAUGAGACAAAUUCUCCUGCUGACAUUCCGGUUGCAAUACUGACGACUACAGAACGAGACGACUGUGCCAAAUCUAUGGAAAUGCUGAGAGCAAGAAACCCAAAAUCGUUAAAUUUAAUUGAAAGCGCAAUCUUUGUUUUGAGCUUGGAUGAUAACGAAGCUCAUACAAAGAAAGAGAUUAUGGAAGCACUUCAAUUUGGCGAUGGAGGCAACAGGUGGUUUGGGAAAAGCGUCCACGCAGUUGUUGGAAAGUUUGGAUACAUAGGAAUAACAUCGACGGACUACGGUGGAGACGGAAAAGUAUUCUUUCGCUUUGGUGGCGAAAUUAUUACACAUAUGUUGCAAACGACACUUCUCAAGGAUGAGUCACGUGAUUUUACCCGGAGUAGCAUUUCUCGCCUUGACUUCAAUCUUGAUUCUAAUCUUGUGUCUAAAGUGAACGAGGCAAAAAUGAAGUUUGUCUUGCUCAGGAGUGACAUGCCAUUUCAACAAGUGAUCUGUGACGACUUUGACUAUGCUCUCAUUAAAAAGAGGAAACUGAGUCCGGACUUUAUUGUAAAACUAACAGCUCAGCUUGCUUUUUAUACAAUGCGCAUGCGCUUUCCAGUUGCUACUGACGUUGCAAGUACUGCAUUCUACAAAGACGGUCAGUCUGCAGAGUCACUGAUAGUCACUCAAGAGUCUGCAGCUUUCGUCAACGCUGCAGUGGCUAAUGAAAGGGUCAGUGAGAAAGGGCGUUUGUUUGACUUGCUGACUGCGGCCUCUCAUACUAACCAAAUGAGGAUAUUUGAUGCAAUGCAAGGAAAAAUGCAUUAUUACCAUUUUCUAGCUCUGGAGUAUCUAGCUGAAGAGCUUGGCGAGAAAAUACCAUUGUUUGAAAGCAAAUUGUACUGGAAGGCAAAUAGGAUAGACUUUACUAUGUACCCAAUGUAUUCAGACGUUGAAUUUGCCUAUUUUCCAUAUACUAAUGUUGAAAACGGUUCGUCGUGGGAGGUCUCUUAUGAGAUCGGUCCAAAGUCUGGCAAGCUCAACGUUAUAUGUUGCUGUGUUGAGGCUGAUGAGUAUCUGUCGCACAUCAAAUCGAGUCUGAGUACGAUUAUGGGUGUCGUGAAGAAUGGAGCGCAGUAAACGUUAACUUGAAUUGCGACGGACGCUGCUGAGUAACAAUAGCGCGAGUAGUCUAGUACAAGGUGCCAUUC